CCUCCCUGACUCAGCACCAAAACUGCCAUUGCUGGGGUUGGAAGCCGGUGACCAAAGGCCUACUCUGGAGACUGGGUGCCGCCAGGACAUCGCCAGGACCUUCCUGCCAGAGGAGUGCGGAUUUCCCCCCUUUCUGUGGAUUCUGACAAAGAGAGAAUCAUCAUGGCUGACAGCCAGAUGCCUUUUUCCUGCCAUUAUCCCGGGCGGCACCGAAGCCUUCGAGACCCAUUCAGAGAAUCCAGCUUGUCUUCUCGACUGUUGGACGAUGACUUUGGAAUGUCGCCCUUUUCCGGAGAUCUAACUGCAGACUGGCCUGACUGGGCUCGCCCACGGCUGACAACGGCAUGGCCAGGCCCACUGAGGUCAGGGAUGGUCCGCAGCACUGGCCUUUCUCCGCCAGGAUACGGUUCCAGGUUUGGGGGUUACACAGAAGGGGCUCCCUUUGGGGGAAGCCCUUCGUCCUUGUCCGGAGAGCCAUGGAAAGUGUGUGUCAAUGUGCAAAGCUUCAAACCUGAGGAGCUGACAGUGAAAACCAAAGAUGGCUAUGUGGAAGUAUCAGGUAAACACGAAGAGCAACAAGAAGAAGGAGGAAUAGUCUCCAAGAACUUCACUAAGAAAAUCCAGCUUCCUGGAGAGGUUGAUCCCACCACAGUGUUUGCUUCCUUAUCACCAGAGGGGCUGCUGAUCAUUGAGGGUCCUCAGAUACCUCCCUACUACCAGUAUGGAGACAGUAGCUAUGGUAACGAGAUACCUGUGGACAACCAAGAAGCCACCUGUGCCUGAAGCUCUCCUUGCAUUUCCUCCCCUUCAGCCCUUGCUGUUCCUUCCUCGUGUGACUGCAUUUGCCAAAAGCCAAUUUGAUUUUGUACAUUUUCUUAUAAGAUCCUCUUUUGUAAAAAUAUGCCCUGCUGCUUCAAACAAGUUCUAGUCAGACCUCUGCAUUGCUGGGAGAAGGUGGGUGCCCAGGCACCCUGGAAACGACACGUCUCAUGGUCCCUUGUGGUUCAGAUACUGUUGUGAGCAUGUGCCGCAGCAGCAUCUCAGACCUAAAGAAGCCUGGGACAUCUAUCUCUUCAAGUUGGGGGCUUUUUCCCUCAGUGUGUGUGAGUGCGUGUGUGUAAAAUGCCAUCAAAUUGCAGCUGACUUAUGGCAACCUUGACAAGGGCUUCCACAGCA